UUCAUCAUAAGCCGACGCGCAGUCAUCGCGGCAUACAAAAGUACAGACUGACGCUAGGUUGCCUAUCAAACCGCUAACGCUAUUUCUAGCCAGACUUUAGCCGCAUCCAGUCGCCUGUGCGUGUGCGUCUCUUUGUGUCUGUUGUGUGCUGUGUAAUUGAAAGCAAUAAUCAAGAUGAAACUGUUCCUGCUGAGCGCCUUUUUCUUCCUGGCCAGCUUCCAGGCUGCUCAAGCCCUGCGUUGUAUGCAGGGAACCGAGAUCGUCCUGCCCUCGGAUGACAACGCCGAAAAGGACAAAGACAAGGUGCCCGAAUUCACCGAAUGUUCCAUACUUACUACGGGCGCGUCGGCCGCCUCCCUGCUGGUGCUGAAGCCCAACACGGCCACCCUGCCCUCCACCGACUACAAGUGCUAUCACCUGCGCAUUGAGGAGUCCGAAUCGAAGAAGGCGACGAUUGUGAAGGGCUGCAUCUACAAGGCGCAGAAUGUGUGCGACGGCAAGUUCAAGGUGGACACGGUCCGCGAGGUGUUCUGCAGCCAGUGCGACCAGGAUGAGUGUAAUUCGGCCCACCGGUUCGCUUCCAACUGGAAGAUCCUCAGCCUCACCCUCUUCACCAUCCUGUGCCUGUUCAUGAAGUAAUCCACCAGUCCACCAAUACAAGCCCAUUUUAGUAGGGGGGAUGGGGAGUGGUCUCCGGCUACCAAAAGCACCCCUUCCAUUUACGCCAAAAUCGAACCGAAUAUUUUACAUUUUUCCCCAUUAGUGUGUAAGCUUACUACUACUACUACUACUACCGUCACGCGUACGGCAGAAGAAGAAAAAACCCGUUCUGUGUGUAGCUGGAUGGGUCUCUUCUCAGUCUCCAACACUUUCUCAGGAUAACACGCAUGCCUUCCGUGAGCGUUCAGUUAGUGUGUGUUUGUGCGUACGCCGAAGGACGCCGAGAACCGACUAACUGUUCCCAGGACACAGCAACUAUGUAGAUUGGUGAUGAUAGAGAACCAACACCCACGGCCGGGAUAAAUGCCUUACAGUGGAGAUGAACGAAAACGAUCUGAAUUCCUAAAUCUCAAGCGCUUUCUUCAGUAGAGUAGAACGUUCGAAUUCGUUACCGUUCAGGUAAUUCGGUAGCGCGUGUGUGUGUGUUUUUGCAGCAUAUUUUCUGGUAGAGUGUUUUAAAACAUGUUGCAAUCUUUAUACAAACAUUCUCAUUCAUACAUACAGCGACUCCUGUUUACAAGGGGCCGCUGUUGUUUCGAGUGCAGUUGUGCUUGAAAUGCUUGAAAAAUUGUGUUAUUGGCGCCUGCUUAUUUGCGGUUAUCUCGUUUUUUUCUCAUAUACACUUGCAUUACCCAAAGCAUCUUAGAGCGUGAUCAAAGAAACAAUAAAAUCACAACUUUGCUAUCAUUA